AUGGAUCCCACAUUAUUCGCCGGCACCUGCUGGCUUCUCUGGAAAGGAAGAAAUAAAUAUGUGUUUGAGAAGGAAAUGCAUGCCCCGGAAGUGAUCAGGAAACGGGUGGCAAACUUGGUCCAUAGAAUCGGACUUGCGUCCCCGGAGCGAAUUCUGGGAACAGAGGCUACUCCACGAAGGCACGUGAAAGAGAUAAGGUGGGAACAGCCUCCGCAAAGAUGGGCUGCGUUGAACUCGGACGGGUCGGUGACGAAUGGGCAAGCUGCGGCGGGAGGUGUUGUAAGGGACGAGCAAGGGCGACUAAUGCGGGCUUAUUCUAUGAAGUUGGGGGAGGUCUCUAUAACGCGAGCGGAGCUGGAAGGCAUUGUGAAGGGCUUGAAGGUUGCUUGGGACGAGGGCAUAAGGAGGUUAAUAGUUCAGACGGACUCGCAAACGGCUAUCAAGCUUAUUAGGGAAGCUGAAAUCCGGCAUCCCCACUUUCUCUUGGUGCAGGAAGCUCGCCGGCUGCUGGCGCUGGAGUGGCAGGUUCAGUUAACUCAUGUCUACAGAGAAGCCAAUUUCGUCGCCGAUUACCUGGCUUCGGCAGGACAUAAACUCCAGCAGGGAUUGCAUUUCGUUGAUGAGCCGGACCCACUGUUGAAUUACUGGCUGCUGUACGAUUUGAUUGGGGUGGAGACAUCCCGGUUGGUUGUUAGUUAA